AUGGCGGUCAGAUCUCCCCUACUUGCUGCCGUUCUAGAAUUCUCGCCGUGUCUCAAUCAGACAUUACCAGAGAUUCCGGACGAAACCAAGAGAGACAAAAGACCAACCAGACCAUCCGAGCCAGCACGUCGUUGGGAGUUCAGCCACCGACAUGCAGGUAGUAUCUACUGGAGAUCUAAAGCUGAAGCCGCUGAACGACGAAUAGAACUGGUACCUAGGAGGGCCCCGAAAGAAGUCUCUCGCUUCGUGGGCCCUAAGACCGGAAAUGCAGUCACCCUGUCUGAGGCUGAUGUUUCUCAUUACACCUUUGCAUUUCUCACCACUCCCGUUAUCAUCUUUUUCGAAGUCGCGCUGUCACUGUCGGAGAAUCCCAAGACUGUCAAGCUCUGCCCAAUGCACGAGUUUAAUCUGUCAUCCCGCUCCCGCAUCGACAUGAGGCUGGCGUUCCAAGAAAGAGAGUCCUCGGCCAUACCAAGCGAUGAUGACGACAGUGAUGAUGACGACAGCGAUGAUGACAACGACAGCGAAGAAGAAGGAGAAGAAGAAGCAUCAGCCAACAGAAAGACACGUGAAGAUUCUCUAGGGCUCCUCGAGCUCAAAAAAGUGGGCCGUAUUGACGUCGCGUUGUUCAACGCAGCCAGCCAUGAUGCUCGGGCUGUGGAGGUGAUCGGUAGCGAAGCCGAUAUCCCACCAGAACGUCUCAGACAGUGGCCCAAGGAGAUCAAACAUCCCAGGUAUCUCCGGGAUCCUGACACCAUCCACAUAACGCAACAGUGCGAGAAGUACUCUGAGGAUUCGCCGCAUUGCCCCAUCGUAGUGCUUUUUGACUGGAGAACUAUGAUUAUCCUGGAAUUCAAAGACGUGGACGCGCCCAUUGCGGAGAGUCAGAGCGCCACGCACUCCCUGCGAAAGGAUCGCAAAGCUAACAUCCUUCCGACACCUAAAAUCACAAUUAUCGCAACCGAGAAGGGGGACGAAGACAAUGCUAGAAAGGCCAAGGGAGCCAUCACAUUCCGUCAGGCGUUGUUAGGAGUGCUUGUGAAGUGUGGCGAGUACUAUGGAAUCUGGUGA